AUGUUCUGGUUUGAGGUGUAUUGCAGCAUCGGUUCAUUACAUUCACAAUUCUCAAACUAAAUGACCUAAUUUCUUACCUAAAUAUAUUUGCUAUCACUCGAAUUCUAAAUUUGGAAAAAGGUUGAAACUUAAAAAAGUUAAAAGCAAGGCAGAGGCGGUGUAGUUCGGAUAUAGAAAGACGCCGAGGCCUUCUUUAAAAAUUUUACUCGAAGCGAUUUUUUAUUUUUUGCGCAAUUUUGUUUAGCUCAUCUCGUCAAUUCUAGGAUUUCCUAGUCUUGUUUUGUUCCACGAUUGCUUGAGUUUCACGUUCCUCGUUUCAAUUAACUCUGCCAAAAUAAUUGUUUCUUCUAUGACGGAGAGAAACGUCCGUUCUUCAGCUCCUACAGAAGCACUCCUACGAGGAAGGUACUGGUCUAAACGGGGAUUGGAAGUAUACGAAGGUGGAAGAAAACAGAAAACACAAUUUCUCACUAUAGUGAAGUGUCCAACGUUAUGGCUCCUAAAAAAGCAUGGAUGGAAGGAAGGUACUGGUCUUGGUAUCGCUGAGCAAGGUAUAUUGGUGCCUCUACAAGCAGAGCCAAGACAUAACAAACAAGGACUAGGUUCUGAAAAAACAGCCAAGAGAAAAGCGGCAAAGCCUCGGGAUACAGAUUCUGAAGCAUUAUCAAAGAAGAGCAAGAAACUAUCCAAGAAACUGCGGAAGACGAUAGAGCACGAGAAACUUUUAGCGGAAAAAGAAUUUGAAAGAGCCUUCCGCAGGGAGUUCUGGCAUGAUAAUGUAUAAGUAUGACUAGGUUUUCUUAUUUACCUUACAUAUUCCAAAAGCUUAUGAAUAUACAGUACAAAGUUUUUGACCAUGAUCUAUAGAUAAAAUUGUUUUAGAUAGCCAUGGUGUACAACAAUGGGUCCAUAGCUCAGUGGUAGAGCAUUUGACUGCAGAUCAAGAGGUCACCGGUUCGAACCCGGUUGGGCCCUCAUUUUAAUAUAAAUAUAUAUAUUUUUUCCCCAUAAACCUCCUACCAAAGUAGUACUAUUAUUCUUUAAAAUUUACCAAGAAACGUUCAAAAACUUAUAAUGCCUAUAUGGGGAAAGGGAAGACAGAUCUUGAAGAAUGUGCAUACCAAUUCAGACAUGUGAAAGAGAAGAACAGUCUCCAAAAUAUUUAGAGAAUCCAAGAACUGUUAUCAUCAUCCUUCACGUCUGAUUCCUCUGACCAUAUCUGCUCCACC